AACAAACAAAUGGCUGAAGAGAAUUAUACAUCUGUUAUUGAGUUUAUUCUUUUGGGACUGACAGACCGUGCUGACCUGAAAAUUAUGCUUUUUGUGUUGUUCCUGAUGAUUUACGUCAUUACCUUGGUGGGGAAUCUGGGCAUGAUUUUCUUAAUCCAAAUCACUCCCAAGCUCCACACACUCAUGUUCUGUUUCCUCAGCUGCCUUUCAUUUGUAGAUGCCUGCUAUUCAUCUGCAAUCUCUCCAAAAAUGCUGAUCAACCUUCUUGUUGUGAGGGGAACCAUUACUUUCUCUGCUUGUACGGUACAACAUUUGUGUUUUGGGGUGUUUGUCACCACAGAAAGCUUUUUGUUGUCAGUGAUGGCAUAGGAUCGGUAUGUGGCUCUUGUCAACCCUUUGCUUUACGGUGUAGCCAUGUCUAAGAGGAAGUGUGUAGGACUGGUCACUGGGCCCUGGAUAUGUGGAAUAAUUAACUCUUUAAUACACACAGUAAGCUUGGGCAGACUGUCCUCCUGUAGGUUGAAUGUUAUCAGUCAUUUCUUCUGUGAUAUUCCGUCACUCCUAAAGCUGUCAUGUUCUGAUACUUCCUUGAAUGAACUGUUGCUCUUAACCUUCUCUGGAGUCAUUGCCAUGGCCACCUUCUUGAUUGUGAUCAUUUCCUAUGUGUUCAUUGUUUUCGCUAUCCUGAGGAUCCGCUCAGCGGCAGGCAGACAGAAAGCCUUCUCCACCUGUGCCUCCCACCUGACUGCGGUGACCAUAUUCUAUGGUACCUUAAGCUUUAGUUACAUCCAGCCAAGUUCCCAGUAUUCUGUAGAACAGGAGAAGGUGGUUUCUGUGUUCUACACGCUAGUGAUUCCCAUGCUAAACCCACUGAUUUACAGUCUGAGAAACAAAGAGGUAAAGGAUGCUGUGGCAAGGGCCAUAGAAAUGAAACAUUUCCCCUGUUAA